CCGCACCGCACCGCCAUGCCUUCGCCGUCCGACUCCAGCAGCGUGGCGUCUGCGUCCGGUUCGCGAGGCUGGUCGGACAGUCGGCGGGGCAUGUCGGGCCGCGGGCAGAGCGGCGCCAGGCUGCUGCUGUACCUCGGGCUGUGCCACCUGGGUCUGGGGGCCAUGGUCCUCGGCUUCUCCUUCACCAGCAUGGCCUUCACCUCGUCGGCCCGCGUGCGCCAGUCCUGCCCCUUCUGGGCCGGCUUCUUCGUAGUGGCCUCAGGGAUUGUUGGCAUCAUCUCAUGGAGGAGACCCUUGACUCUGCUGGUGUCGCUGUUUAUGCUGCUGUCUGCAGUGUGUGUGAUCCUCAGCUUGGCCGGCUCGAUGCUGUCCUGUCAGAACGCGCAGAUGGUCAAAUCUAUGCUCACCUGCCAGGUGGAGAACGGCCUCUGUGUGUGCUGCGCCCCCACACACUCCUGCUCCAUCACGGAGGAGGAGACCCUGGUGCUCUACCUGAACGCCGACUGCCACUCCGUCAGACAUCAGCUCAAGGACCUGUUGUUCAGUGCAUGUGGUCUGAGUAUCCUCUCCACCAUCAUCUGCACACUGUCCACCGUGACCUGCAGUAUCCACAUAUUCUCCCUGGACCUCGUGCACCUGCUGGCCCCUCAUCGCUCUCGUUCCGUCAACCCAGAAUGCACCACUCCUCAGGAUGCGUUUCUUACCAACAUCAUGGACUUUGAGGAGUUCGUUCCACCCAUCCCUCCUCCCCCGUACUACCCCCCCGAAUACACCUGCAGCUCUGAGACAGACGCUCAGAGCAUCACCUACAAUGGCUCCAUGGAAAGUCCAGUUCCGCUGUACCCCACUGACUGCCCUCCUCCUUAUGAAGCUGUGAUGGGACAGAGAGCUGUCAGUCAGGCAACAGUGUUUGACACCCACGGCACUGAGCUGUCUGGCGAGAGAGCAACCUCCACCGCUUUCAGUGGAGAAGUGUCUAUGGACAGUGGAUCACUGCUGAUGUCCGAGAUCGUAGACAUCCCCGAUGACUCCUCCCCCUCCGAAGACUCCUGUCUGAUGGAGGUCGGGAUGAGGACCCAGGGAGAGAGAAGUCGCAGCACGGGCGGUGAGGGGAGGGACAGAGGAGAGGCAGGGGAGUACGUCAGUUUCCGUGGUCCCCUAUCUCAGACCCCGGAGAGUCCCCUGGCAGGAGGACCCAGAGCCAGGCGCUUCUUCAGGGGGGAGAGGUCCAACUCCUGCUCCUCACCCAGCACGGCCACCACCACAUAUAGGUCUCCAGUACUGCGUCGCCAGGCCAUGUUAGCGAGCAGCUGUUCCCAGCUGGAGGUGAUCGGAGGUGCCAGCUCACACCAGCGUUCCUCCAUCCCUGAGAUCCGGGUUCGCCCCUCCACGCCCUCGCGCCAAGGGUCCUUCUCGGCCUCCUCCGCGCCUCCCACUUCCUCCUCUUCGGCCUCCACCGAGCAGAGCGGCCAGGGCAGUGGUCUGCCUCUCCCCCGCCAGGCCUUGUACUUCCGGCGUCGGGGUGGGAGGGGUGACAAAGAUGGAGGAUCACUGAGGAGGGAUAGUGACGGGCUCCUACGCCUCGUCAGGUCCCACAGCGAGCCAGGCCUUAACUCCUCUACUGAUACAGGUGACUUUGUUGGCUCAGAGGGCAGCAAGGAUGCGUCUCAGACGUCCACCGAGACAGGGCCGUCCUCUGAGGCCUGCUUGUUGCCCCGCCCCUCUCUGGCUCCUGCUGCAGCCCUGCCCAGGAAAGGCAGCAUGAAGGCGGCGGCAGCAGCAGGGUUGCAGAUGCCCUCUAAACCUCCCCUGGCCUCCCCACUGUGCUUACCUAAAGACUGCCACCGCUCCCUGGGAGACCUUAAGGUGACACGGGGUCAGGUGACCCGGGGCCUGGUGGCACGCUUCUUGCAGCGCUCCAAGCGCAACCUAGCGCCCUCCUCAGAGCAUGCUGCAAAUAUAGGGCAAGGGCCCAAGAGAAGGGGCGGAGCUGAGGGCAACGCCGCCAACCUCAUACCCCUUGAGCAGGUGUUGCGUAACUCUUGGGGCACGGGCCGAGGAAACCCCAACCCUUAUCCCCAUCACCCUCACCACCGUGGACACCACCAUUCCCAUAGCGACAGCCGGCACAACCGGCGCCAUAGCAACCGGGCCCCUCCGUCGGACGGGAUCCACCUGCGCAGCUGUGGAGAUUUAAGCUCCUCCUCCUCAGCAUCACUACGGCGACUGGUGACGCCGCAUCCCCCGCACGGCUCAUCGGGGGCUCUCUAUUCAGAGUCUGCACUGUGAGGAGGAGAGGAGGAUGAGGGAGGGAUGUUUGAGAAAAGUUGAGGGGAGGGGAGACAUUUGUGGCGUCGGGGAGACAGCUGUUUGGAGGAAGAGGGAGAAUUUGGCGAUGGGUAAGCUGUUGCGAAGGCAGAAGUUUGCAGUGAGGGUGAGUAUGUAAAGACAGGUGAAGACAACUGGCUGUAAAACGUUGGAACAAUCUCCCUCCUUUUUUCCUUUUCUCAACUCCCUGUCCUGACACCACCUCCUCAGUUGGCCUUAUUCAGUGGUGCUGUUUCUCGCCAUGAACAUCAUCCCAGAGGUCACGCUCCUUGGCAGCAGCAGGAGGAAGGGGUCACUAGAUGGUUAUUAUUGCUCAAUUUGGCUCGUCUCCACACAGAACCAGAGAUAAAACAGAUCCAUGAUUGCUCAAGAGCGGUCUAUCAGCGGCAUCCUUUCUGCUGUACUGUACUGUACUGUCCACCCGCUCCACCUCUCUGCUCAUCUGGAAACUACAAGAGCAUGUUUUCCUCAAGACCGGAGACAAGACUCUUGUAACAUUUACAACCACAACAGCCACGUACGCGAAGUAUGCUACAUACUCAUGGGCUGCAAUAUGCUGCUGGCCCUUUUGUAAAUGGUUUGCUACUUAUCCAGAGAAGCUCUUAGUUUAAGUGAUCACGGAUCAUCUUACUUUGUCUUCCAUUGGUAAACGUGCCGUUCUACCACACUAUCCUCAUAUAUUUUGCCUACUGCAAUUGAAGAUAUACAGAGAUGAGGCCCCACAUGCAGUAGAACGCUCACCGGUGAAGUCAUGGUCACAAAGUUUUAUUGAGUUGAGUUGCAAAUGUUCUUUUCUUGUCAAUGUGCAGUUCGGAUUAGCACCAUCCUAGCCCACCUUCAAAUUGGCCUCUGAAGAAAGGCACACAAUGUAUGGUACACUGAGGCAAUAGACAUAGGUUUAUCACAUCACACAUGUAUGCUUAGCCUAUAAAAUGCAUUUUCUUUUGGAGGUUCUUGGACACUGUAGUUUGAUUUGAAUGUGUGCAUGUUUUGCAACAGCGCCCCCCCCCUCCCAAAUUGCAACAAGAACCUUGUGCGUCAGAUCCCGACCAACUGUGUAACUUACAGACUUGUUUGCAAGUCUUGACCUGCAUGUUUUGACGAUGAUUCUUACUUUUUCUCUGUUGCACCCAAAACAUUUGAUGAUAUCCACUUGAAAUGUGUUUGUGUUAGCAGGUAGUUGAAGAGAAGGCACAGCGUCAAAGACACACACUGUUGGUGGUCCAGGUGGUCCCAGACAUGCUUCCACACCCUAAUUUGAUUUGGCUUGUCUUGGGAUGGUUGCGCUGUGGAAUUGUAAUGUCAUCAAAGUUGGACAGAUUCUGUAUAGUCAUAUCUAUGACCCUGGUUGAAGCAUCUCUGUCCUAUGACAUAAAGACAUGAAUUGUGACCCGACUCUGAGGGCGCUUAAGGGUCUCUUGGAAUAAUUGUACAGAUGGACUUGUAUAGCGGUUGGGCAGCAGACACUGUGUUGGCAGCGUUGGGAAUUAAAAAGCAAAUUUAGCUGAGGUUUCGUGGCACUUCAGUGACACGGAACACGCGAAGGGUCCGACGGGGAUACAGGGUAUUUAAGUCUAUUCAUUUCUUCUUCUCUCUUUUUUUUGUUUUUUUCAAAAUGUGUCUCAGUCACCUCAAAGUCAAAACUUUUUGGAGUGCUCACUUAGUGAUGAUGUUGGUUCGAUAUCAGUAAAGGCACAUUCUGAAUACAGACAUAUGUAUGUAACUGAUUUAAAAAAAAAAAGUCAUGCAUAGACACCUAACCUACAUGCAGGUGCAGGCACACAGACGCACACAUUCUAAUUAAGGCAUUGAGCUGUGUUUCUACCUCCUGCCUUGCGUAUGAAAUGUUGUUUAUUCAAAAAAAUAAAUAUAUAUAUAUAUACAUAUAUGUGCAUGACAGGUUUAACAAGAUGGAGCCUUGAAACCUGAAUAAUAAAUGUAUCGACAUGACGCCUCCGAAAUUUAAAUGCCAUUUCGAUGCUAGAACUUUUGAUGCAAAUGAUGUACUUCAGAGUCUAAAAUAAACUAUGAGCAACCAAUAAGCGUCAG